CUGAACCGGUUUAGCAUGUUUUGAAGUUGAACAAGAGAAUCAUCAUUUUUUUUCAGUCUCACGUUCUGAGAGAUUCUCAGCAGAGCAUCAAUCGAGCAAGGGGUCGCGCUCUCAUGGCUUCGUUUACGCCUAAACUCGUCGCCUUGUUCCUCCUUCUAUUGUUCCACCUCACAACACUCUCGUCAGCGACUUCCACCCUCAGAGACGACCUCUUAGGCGCGGCCCGCGCUCCAUCGUUCGCGUCGUGGCUGCGCGGCCUGCGGCGCCGCAUCCACCAGCACCCGGAGCUGGCCUUCCAGGAGCACCGCACAAGCGAGCUCGUGCGCGCAGAGCUCGACGCGCUCGGCGUCUCCUACGUCUGGCCCGUCGCCCGGACUGGCGUCGUGGCCACGAUUGCUGGCGGCGGAGGCGUCGGGCCCGUCGUCGCACUCCGGGCUGACAUGGACGCGCUCCCCUUGCAGGAAUUGGUAGAUUGGGAGUACAAGAGCUUGGAAACUGGAAAGAUGCAUGCUUGUGGACUUGAUGCUCAUGUGACCAUGCUUCUCGGAGCCGCCAAACUACUUCAAUAUAGGAAAAAAGGUUUGAAGGGUACUGUAAAGCUUGUGUUCCAGCCAGCUGAAGAAAGCUACGGAGGAGCCUACUACAUUUUAGAAGAAGGUGCUCUCGACGAUGUCGAGGCCAUAUUCGGCUUGCAUGUUUCCCCACAUCUCCCCGUAGGCGUCGUCGCAUCCAGGCCAGGACCGUUCCUUGCUGCUUCUGCUCGGUUCAGCGCGACAGUUACCGGAAAAGGUGGACACGCCGGUGGCCCUCACAACGCCAUAGACCCUCUCGUUGCUACUUCUUCUACCAUCCUGAGUCUUCAACAGCUCGUCGCCCGCGAAACCGAUCCUCUUGAGGCCGCCGUGGUGUCCGUCACGUUGCUGAGAGGAGGCGACGCUUACAAUGUCAUACCUGAAUCUGCGGCAUUCGGUGGCACCGUUAGGAGCAUGACAGAUGAAGGCCUGGCAUAUCUCAUGAAGAGGGUCAAAGAGAUCAUAGAAGGCCAGGCCACCGUGCACCGCUGCGCUGCCACCGUCGACUUCAUGGAGGAGGAACUCAGGCCGUACCCAGCUACCGUCAACGACGAAGGCAUGUAUGCGCAUGCUAAGGCAGUCGCAGAGGUCAUGCUUGGGGAUGCUAACGUGAAGCCGGCUCCCCAGAGCAUGGGCGCCGAGGACUUCGCGUUCUACGCGCAGAGAACAGCCGGCGCCUUCUUCUUCAUCGGCGUCGGCAAUGAGACCACCAUGGACAGGGUAAGUCCUGUGCACUCGCCGCAUUUCGUCAUGGACGAGGAAGUUCUUCCGAUUGGGGCUGCCUUCCAUGCGUCUGUUGCAAUUGAGUAUCUGAAGUGAACCGCUUCUCCUCCUGAAACUAAUGGACCAAGAAAGAAGGCCGUCCUUGGAUUAUGGAGUCGGAAUAACAACAAGAACAAAAAAUCUAAAGUCACAUCAUUAAUUGACUGUACAGUGUGAAGUACCGGUUGUUAGCCAGUAUGCAGGGUAAGACACUCCAGUGAAAUGUGUGGUCGUCUCUAAUGUCUAACGGGUGGAGCGAAACCCAUUGCCAGGAAGAUUGGGACGGUACAGAUGGCUAUCGCUUUCUACAAAUACAUCUUGUAAACCUCUCGCUAGGAUUUAUUCCUUCAUUAAAAAAUCUAUGAAAUUGUGUAAACACUUCU